AUGCCCUCCUCCACAGCUCAAUUGGGCUCUGCGUCCUCACAGGACAUCGUCCUCAAGCUCCCUCACCCUUAUCUGAACGAGUACAUCCUCGACAGGACCUCCGCCACCGGCGAGCGCCGCCGCCUUCCGCAUCACGACCCUCAAGUCGAGCGAGCUUCCCUCGCAGUCCGACAACACCCUGUGGGCGAGGGCGCGCCGGUCCCCGGGUGCGUCUUCUUCUGGGACGCCAAGGACGCUCCCUCGCUCGGCCAAAUCUGGCUCCUCGUCUACGUCAUCUUCACCAUCCAACCGGGCGUCGAGUGCCUCCGUCUCGGACUCCGCGGCGAGGGCUCCGCCAACGUCGCCCAGCAGAUGAAGGACGUCACCCUCGCCAUCGAGCUCCCCGUGCGGCCCCAAGCCCCUACCACUCCCGGCCAGGCCGAGGUCCUUCUCCUCCGGAGCGCCUUCUGGCAAGGCGCCGGUUCACCCUUUGGACCCCGCCCCGUCUGGAUGCCCGCCGACCCAACAACUGCCACCUCACGCGGCACCCCGUCCGCCCCGCAAAGCCCGCGGCGGCGCGUCGUCUACAGUCGCUGGAUCCCCCAUCUCCGCGAAAACUUCUCCAUGGUCGCCCUCGAUCCCGAGGACGAGACCCACGUCAACUUCUUCCACACAUGGCAAAACGAUCCCCGCGUCUCCCAGGGCUGGAACGAGACGGGUACCCUCGAGCAGCACAAGAAGUACAUCAACGACAUGCACGCCGACCCUCACCAGCUCGCCGUGCUCGCCCGCUUCGACGACACCUGCUUCGCCUACUUCGAGAUCUACUGGGCCAAGGAGGACAAGCUCGGCGCCUACUACGAUGCCGGCGACUACGACCGCGGCCGCCACUCCCUCGUCGGCGACAUCCGCUACCGCGGCCCUCACCGCGUCAGCGCCUGGUGGAGCAGUCUCAUGCACUACCUCUUCCUCGACGAGCCGCGCACCACUUGCGUCGUGGGCGAGCCCAAAGAGACCAACUCCACCGUCGUCAUGUAUGAUCUCAUGCACGGCUUCGGCGUCGACAAGUUUGUCGAUUUGCCCCAUAAGAGGAGCGCGUUUGUCAGGUGCCCCCGCGAGAGGUUCUUCCAGCUCUCUCCCCUCGGUGACAAUGAAAAGGUUGUUGGUGGUAUGAAGAUUGGUCUGGUUCCCAAGCUCUAG